AUGAGUGAACAACCUUCUGACAAUGUACCUCAGGGUGCAUUCAGCUUCCCCAAGGAAGAAAAUGAAGUUACCAAACAAUGGGACGAGAUUAACGCAUUUCAACGAUCAUUAGAAUUAACUGAAGAUUUACCACCAUUUGCUUUCUUUGAUGGACCUCCUUUUGCCACAGGUACUCCCCACUAUGGACACAUCUUGGCAUCUACUGUCAAGGAUAUCAUUCCUCGUUAUGCCACCAUGAAUGGGUAUCACGUUGAGAGAAGAUUUGGAUGGGAUACUCAUGGAUUACCAGUAGAGCACGAGAUUGACAAAAAAUUGGGUAUCACUUCAAAAGAAGAUGUGUAUGCCAUGGGUAUCGACAAGUACAAUGCUGAAUGUAGGUCAAUUGUUAUGAGAUAUGCUGAUGAAUGGAGAAGAACCAUCAAGAAAUUGGGUAGAUGGAUCGAUAUGGACAAUGACUACAAGACAUUGUAUCCUGAAUUUAUGGAAUCUGUAUGGUGGGCUUUCAAGCAGUUGUUUGAUAAAGAUGCCGUGUAUAAAGGAUUGAGGGUUAUGCCAUAUUCAACUGCUUGUACUACUCCAUUAUCCAAUUUUGAAGCACAACAGAAUUAUAAAGAGGUUAACGAUCCAGCUAUCACCAUCGCAUUCCCCUUGGUUGAUGAUCCAGAUACUGUAUUGGUAGCAUGGACCACUACUCCAUGGACCUUACCUGCCAAUAUUGCCUUGGCCGUCAAUCCAGAUUUCACGUAUGUCAAAAUUUAUGAUGAGACUGCCAAGAAAUACUACAUCUUGUUGGAGGCAUUGAUUGGAACAUUGUACAAGAAGCCAGCUCAAGCUAAAUAUAAGGUUGUUGAAAAGAUUUCCGGUAAGGAUUUAGUCGGAUUGAAAUAUGUACCAUUAUUUGAUUACUUUUAUGAUACGUUUAAAGACUAUGGAUUCAAGGUUAUUCCCGGAUCCUAUGUUACUGAUGACUCAGGUACUGGUAUUGUCCACCAAUCUCCAUCUUAUGGUGAAGAGGAUUUCAACUGUGCCACUGCUGCCGGAGUCAUUAAUGAGAAAAGGUCACCACCAAGUAUCGUUGAUGACACUGGUAAAAUGACCUCAGAUGCCAAGUUAGUCUCAGGAAUGUAUUUCAAGGAUGCUGAUAAGGUUAUCAUUAAGAAGUUGGUCGAAGAAGGAAGAAUCUUGGUCAAUUCUCAAGCCAGACACUCGUAUCCAUUUUGCUGGAGAUCAGAUACUCCAUUGAUGUAUAGAACUGUUCCGGCAUGGUUUGUUAGAGUCGGUGAAAUCAUUCCUGAUAUGUUGAAGAAUAUUGAAAAGACCCUGUGGGUUCCAUCGAAUGUCAAAGAGAAGCGUUUUUCCAACUGGAUUGCCAAUGCUAGAGAUUGGAAUGUGUCUAGAAAUAGGUAUUGGGGUACACCAAUUCCAAUUUGGGUUAGUGACGAUUUUGAAGAAAUAGUUUGUAUUGGUUCAAUUGAUGAAUUGAAGGAAUUAUCGGGAAGAAACGACAUUACUGAUAUCCACCGUGAAAGUAUUGACUCAAUCACCAUUCCAUCGAAAAGAGGAAAAGGUGAAUUGAAGAGAAUUGAAGAAGUUUUUGAUUGUUGGUUUGAAUCUGGUUCUAUGCCAUAUGCAUCAAAGCAUUAUCCAUUUGAAAACAAGCAAAAAUUCUUGGAUGCAUUCCCAGCAAAUUUCAUUUCUGAGGGUUUGGAUCAAACUAGAGGUUGGUUCUAUACAUUGACCGUAUUGGGAACCCAUUUAUUCAAUACUGCACCUUAUGAAAAUGUCAUUGUUACAGGUAUUGUUUUGGCUGCUGAUGGUAAGAAAAUGUCAAAGAGAUUAAAGAAUUACCCUGACCCAACUUUGGUGUUGGAUAAAUAUGGUGCUGAUGCAUUGAGAUUGUACUUGAUCAAUUCGCCCGUAUUAAGAGCCGAAACUUUGAAAUUUAAGGAAGACGGAGUUAGGGAAAUUGUAUCAAGUGUGUUGUUGCCAUGGUAUAACUCAUACAAGUUUUUCAAAGACAGUGCUGAUCUUUUCAGAAAGAACACGGGUGAAACAUUUGUUUACGAUGCCAGUUUGAAGUCGACAAAUAUUAUGGACAGAUGGUUAUUGGCAUCUAUCCAAUCAUUAAUUCAAUUUAUUCAUGAAGAAAUGAGAGGUUACAGAUUGUACACCGUGGUGCCAAGAUUGUUGGCUUUCAUCGACGAUUUAACUAAUUGGUACAUUAGGUUUAAUCGUCGUAGAAUCAAGGGAUACUCGGCCGAUGAUGUUGAAGAUACGAAAAAGGGUCUCAACACUUUGGCUGAAGCUCUAUUGAUCUUGUCUAGAGCUAUGGCCCCAUUCACACCGUACUUGGCUGAUGGUAUUUAUCAAAGAAUCAAACAAUACUUCACUGAGGAAUCAUUGGAGAGAAUUGUGGUUAAUGCCAAGCAUAAGGAUUUAAGAUCGGUCCAUUUCUUGCAUUAUCCUCAAGUGCGUCCUGAAUUAUUUGAUAAACAAAUUGAAGUUGCCGUUGGUAGAAUGCAAAAAGUCAUUGAUUUAGCCAGAAACAUUCGUGAAAAGAAAAUGAUUUCAUUAAAGACUCCAUUACAAGAAUUGGUUAUCAUAAACUCCGAUCCUGAGUUCCGUAGAGACGUGCAAUCAUUGAAGGGCUACAUUAGUGAUGAAUUAAAUGUUCGUGAUAUCAUCAUUACUGAUGACGAAUCGAAAUACUCUGUCGAGUAUUCACUUGCUGCUGACUGGCCAGUCUUGGGUAAGAAGUUGAAGAAAGAUGCAAAGAGAGUCAAGGCAGCAUUGCCUAAUGUAUCUUCGGAUGAAGUCAAACAAUUUGCCUCGUCAGGUAAGAUCACCGUUGAUGGAAUCGAUUUAGUGGCUGAGGAUUUACAAGUGUUGAAGGGAUUGUCCGAAUCCAAGAUUUCUCAUGGACAAGAAUUUAGAUCUUUCCAAGAUUUAUUGAUCAUUUUGGAUAUCAAUGUUCAUCCAGAAUUGGAAAGUGAAGGAUUAGCUCGUGAGCUCUUGAAUAGAAUCCAAAGAUUGAGGAAAAAAGCCGGAUUAAAUUCAACCGAUGACGUUUUGGUCAAAUACAAGUUGAUCAAGGAUAAUUGUUCGUUUGAAACUGUUGUUGAUCAAAAUAAGGAUUUGAUUAUAAAGACAACCAAGUAUCCUGUUGAACCGGUAUCUGAAGGGGCAGCUGCUGAUGAGGCAAUUGUUGUUAUUAUCGAUGAAGAACAACAAAUUAAUGAUACCGUGUUUAACUUGCAAUUGUUGAAGUUAUAG